AUGUUUGAUGGUCUGUUUAAACCCAAAUUUUAUACGAAAUGCAAGUACUUUGUUAAGAGAACGAAAACAAGAGUGGAGACGGUGAAGAGAAAGAAAAACUCUGUAUGCAAAUAUUUGAAGAACGACAUUGUCGAUCUUCUCAAGAACAGACUCGAUUACAAUGCAUACGGCAGGGCAGAAGGGCUUAUUGAGGAGAAAAGGAGGUUGUCAUGUUAUGAGUUUUUGGAGCAAUUCUGCGUCUGUGUUUCAUCCAAUGUAUCUCUCUUACAGAAAUCCAGUAAAUGCCCUGAGGAGUGUCGCGAGGCCAUCUCCUCACUUGUGUAUGCGGCCGCUAGAGUCCCUGAAGUGCCUGAGCUACGCGAUCUCAGGACUUUGUUUGCAGACAGAUACGAGACUAAUUCAUUUGAACAGUUUGUGAACCCUGAGUUUAUAGGGAGUUUCAAAGCGGAGCCCCCGACAAAGGAAAUGAAGGUAGAGCUGCUCCAGGAGAUUGCCAGAGAGUACUCCAUUAAAUGGGACGCCAAGUCUUUAGAGCAGAGGCUCUACACAUCACCUGCUGUUGAAGAGCCGCAAAAAACAAAAACAAAGCAAAAUAAUCCUGGAAAGAGGACUGAAACCAUAAGCAGAAAAGACUCCUUGGAUGACGACAGUAACAAGUCCAUGAGUAAAAGAAGCGAAGACGAUUCAAUGACUACUACAAACGAGAGUUGUGUCUCUGGCCCUGAGGAGGAGAAGGAGAAUGAUCCAGAAAUCAAACCUUUCUACUACGGAUUCAUCAUGCAUGCGCCUUACAACAACAAACCCAAAAUCGAGAAACAGGAAAGCUUUUCGGAGAAGAUGACCAAGUCUGAUCUCAUGCCCGACCAGACUGACUACUCUCCUAGUGUGGGGAGACCAAAGCCGAGAUCAGUGAGAAGAAGUUUAGCGAAUCCGCCUGCAGGUGAAGAUUCGGUUAGUAGUAGUAGUAAGGACAUGAGGUCAGAGUCAAAGGAGAAAGCAAGUGGAGAUGGGGUAAGAAGGACGAGUCGUCGAACAGCUUCGUGGCAGCCUAAGCCCUCAAACAACGUCCCAGAUUUUGAUGAGGUUGCGGCUCGCGUAGAUGCUCUCACACGAAACUGA